UUUCUUGAGAGCAUAAUCUAUUUCCAUACUUGUAUUAAAGAGCUUUAGUAUUUUUUGUUCAUCGCUGGACUGCACACUAGGCUACACUGUUUACCUCGAUCAAAGAUCAAGGUCAUUUUUAUCAUGAGAGUGAUAAAAAAUCAAUCAGUCAAUCACGAUCAAUGGGUUGGGACCUCAACUUGUUGCUGUCAUAUUUCCUUACCCAGUUCCCAGCUGAAAUACUUAGUUGUCCGAGAAACCACAUCAUGCCGCCAAUAUUACCCAGAUCUGUCUCAGCAAAUGCUGAAAAGCUGAAGGAGUUCUUCGUUUACUAUCCAGAUUUUCCAAAAAAAGGCAUACAGUUUUGGGAUAUUUUUGCUCUAUAUAGUAAUCCGGAAGCAGUAUGUCUACUCAAUCUUGUAUUAGCUGGGUACGCCGAAGUGAUGAAAGGCGAAAUAGACGUCGUAGUUGGAAUAGAAGCCAGAGGCUUUUUAUUUGGACCAACGCUAGCUAAUUUGUUGAAUUGUACGUUUGUACCUGUUAGAAAGAAAGGAAAACUACCCGGUAAAAUUCGACAGAAGACAUACACAUUGGAAUAUGGAUCGGACACCAUCGAAAUACAAGAAAAUAGUUUGAAAGCUGGCCAAAGGGUUUUAGUUGUGGAUGAUUGUAUUGCUACCGGAGGUACUUUGAAUGCAAGUUGCAACCUGGUUGAAGAAAUAGGAGCAAAAGUUGUCGAUUGCUUAGUUAUUUAUGAAAUUCCAGAACUGAAAGGAUCGGAGAAAAUAUCAUAUCCUAUCACUCAACUAUGUUCUUGAUGAUCGAUUUAUUCUACUUAUAUCAUUUUAUUACGAUUCCAUUUCAUGUUUUUGUACGAUUUUUAUUUUGUCAAAAAAUGUGAAGUCCGAAAUAUUUAAGAUAGUUUGUAUUUAUAGGCAUUAUUGCAUUUUAAAUUGAUCAAUAUAAUUCAUUUGUCAUUGUCGUUUUUGAGAAUACUUGUCUACUAUGGGUACUUUUUUUUUUAAAUAUACAAUUUGAAUAAAAACAUUCCACUUAUCGAUGCUUA